AUGGAGACGACCUCGGCACAGGGGAUCUGCCCGGUGAGCCCAGAGCAGCUCGGAGUGAAGAGCCGGGAGUUUGGAGGCUGUCGCCGGGAGGAUGCAGCGUCAUUGCUCAGCCCGUGUCCUGUGACUGCAGCCUCAGCCAGAAGGUGUCACUCCAUCUAUAAGGGUUUUGCUCAGUGUCUGAUGUCUCUGGGGGACAGUCUGACGGACAGCGCCCGCAAAGACGAGGACACACACGAGAUCCACUCCAUCUGCAGGUCGUGGGACGAGUUCCAUGACUGUGCCAACAUGGCGAUGGCCGGCUGUCCAGAGGAAGCGGCGGCCGUCUGGGAGUCUCUCCGCCAGGAAUCCAAAAAGAUGCAGUUCUCCGGAAACCUCUACGACAUGUGCUCCGACCGGAACAGCUACGCGGUCUCCUCGGCCUCCUCCCGCGGCUCCUCGACCCAGGAGGAGAUCAACCAGGAGUCUCUACGAGCAGGCGGCGAGCAUCUGGCAGAGCGCCGCCACCUCCUCGUGCUGCUCGCUCCUCUGCUGCUCUUGUUGUUUUGGAUAUAACCAUCUCAAAGAAGUGGGACUGAUGUGACUAGAUGUAAACUUUGUGUAAUUUUUUCUCUCCCCCCCACGAGUCCACGGACUUUCCACGGCUUCCUCCUCUGCUCUGCCAGAGGGUGAAUCCAUCUCACUGCAUGUUCAGAGGCCUGACAGUCCUUUUGAUAAUGUAUCUUUAAACUGCCUGUGCUGUUUUCAUGCAUAUUCUCUGCCUUUAAAUUAGUCUGUCUGUUUGAAGUUCACACAAAAUUCAUACAGAGCCACACAGCCACUGUACAAACAGACCCGCAACACAUGCAUAGUUAAACAGAUGCAAACAGCAGCCUCGUGUCCUCUGUCCUCGUCUCCUCAGCUCCCGACAUCCACUCGGUAGGAGCUACCCGACGGCUCCUAGAGAGGAAAGUCACCGAUUUAAUCACAUUGACUUCAUGAACACGGAAACUAAAGCGUCAAGAGAUCAUAUCCCAAGAC